ACUGGAAUGUAAAGACGCCUGGCUAGAGGGAGAGGAGGGCGGGGACCCAGAAGAAGGAGGCACUCGGGACUGUGGAAGUGUUAGAUGGUGGUGGGGGUUAGCGUGGGAGGAAGGGAGACUAGCUGUCUGAGCGACAUACAAGACUAAAGAAAGAGAGGUGAGAAGGAAAGGGGAACUGGAAGGGAAGGCCAGUGAGAGGAAGCCGGGAGAAGGAGGCUGGAAAAAAGAAAAACAGUAGAGAAGGCAGGAGAGUCUGAGAGAAGCAACCAGGAGAUGAGGGUCACAGAGUGACCCCGGAAGAUGGGGUUUCUGGAAUCCAGAGACUUCUGAGUCUGUUUGUUAGGCGGGAGAAUCCGGCUCCCGCAGUCAGUUGGGCAGCGACGACAAAGUGAAAUGGACAGUGAGAGACAGAUAUUGCAGCCAUCUCACCAGCACCCAGAGAUUUGGAAGCUGCUUCCAGCCCAACUACAGUUUCCUAGCUGGAGCCUCUGAGUGCUUAGGACCCGCGGGAGCCAAGCAAGAGAGCGCCGGUGAGUGCUCUUCUCAGAUGCCUUCGCCCGAGCAAGUAAGAACUUCCCGCUCCAGUCUCUGGAUCCCCUCCCUCUGAAACUCCCCAGAAAAGAAGGAAGACCCUAGGGGGAGGGGCGAGGGAGAUCCCCUUGCAGUUCUUUCCCCCCUCCCUUCCCCCACCCCAGCGGGAGUGCAGGCAGGCAUGGAUGUGUUCAGUUUUGGCCAGGGCAACAACACCACAGCGUCCCAGGAGCCCUUUGGGACCGGCGGCAACGUUACUAGCAUCUCCGACGUGACCUUCAGCUACCAAGUGAUCACCUCUCUGUUGCUGGGUACUCUCAUUUUCUGCGCGGUGCUCGGCAAUGCCUGCGUGGUUGCUGCCAUCGCCCUGGAGCGCUCCCUCCAGAAUGUGGCCAACUAUCUCAUCGGCUCCUUGGCGGUUACUGAUCUCAUGGUAUCAGUGCUGGUGCUGCCCAUGGCUGCUCUGUACCAGGUGCUCAACAAGUGGACCCUGGGCCAGGUCACCUGCGACCUGUUUAUCGCCCUGGAUGUACUGUGCUGCACCUCGUCCAUCCUGCACCUGUGCGCCAUCGCGCUAGACAGGUACUGGGCUAUCACCGACCCUAUAGACUAUGUGAACAAGAGGACGCCCCGGCGCGCCGCUGCGCUGAUCUCGCUCACUUGGCUCAUUGGCUUUCUCAUCUCCAUCCCGCCCAUGCUGGGCUGGCGCACCCCGGAAGACCGAUCGGACCCCGACGCGUGCACCAUCAGCAAGGACCACGGCUACACCAUCUACUCCACUUUCGGCGCUUUCUAUAUCCCGCUGUUGCUCAUGCUGGUUCUCUACGGGCGCAUCUUCAGAGCCGCACGCUUCCGAAUCCGCAAGACUGUCAGGAAGGUGGAAAAGAAGGGAGCAGGCACCAGCUUAGGAACUUCGUCGGCACCGCCCCCCAAGAAGAGCCUGAACGGACAGCCAGGUAGUGGGGACUGGAGGCGCUGUGCUGAGAACAGGGCGGUGGGGACUCCGUGCACUAAUGGGGCAGUGAGGCAGGGUGACGACGAGGCCACCCUGGAGGUGAUCGAGGUGCACCGAGUGGGCAACUCCAAAGAGCACCUUCCUCUGCCCAGCGAGUCAGGAUCUAACUCCUAUGCCCCCGCCUGCUUGGAGAGAAAAAAUGAGCGCAAUGCUGAAGCAAAGCGCAAGAUGGCCUUGGCCCGUGAAAGGAAGACGGUGAAGACUCUGGGCAUCAUCAUGGGCACCUUCAUCCUCUGCUGGCUGCCGUUUUUCAUUGUGGCUCUGGUCCUGCCUUUCUGUGAAAACAGCUGCCACAUGCCUGCGUUGUUGGGUGCCAUAAUUAACUGGCUAGGCUACUCCAACUCCCUGCUCAAUCCGGUUAUUUAUGCUUAUUUCAACAAAGACUUUCAAAACGCUUUUAAGAAGAUAAUCAAGUGCAAGUUCUGCCGCCGAUGAUGAUGAUGAUGGUGGUGGUAAUAGUGGUGACUAUGGAGAAGGAGGAGGAGGAGGAAGAGGAGGAGGAAGAAGAGGAAGAGGAGGAAGAGUGUAGGGUUUACAGGACCCUCCCCAUUCACUCAGUACCCUAGCCCUGGAAGCAACACCUAAGAUAACUUGCUUUUCCUAGAACAUGCAGCUUCUCAGCACAUGGCUUUCAGUCCUUGUUCUCUCUAUAUCUCAUUUCAAGGGGACAGUACUCUUUGCAGAAAUCUUAGAGAACCACUAGUAUCUGUGUGAAAAGUUAUUGGCUUGGUCUUUGGCCCUAGGAUCAGUUUUGGUAGUUGUAAUAACAUCCUCCCUAUUCAAAAUCCCAAUUCUUCACGAUGGAAUUUUAAACCUUGGUGAUUCAAGGUAGAAAACCGAAACAGAAAAUCUAAACUGUCCUGACAUCUGCCAGGCCCACUAGAACUGUCACUCUCUGCCCUACUUCUGGAACUUUGAGGAUCAAGACUGCUCUGUCUCUCACUCCCUCUUGCUCUAGAAACAUCUGUUCCCUUUGGGUGUCAAUCUACACUGUUGAACUGGUCUCCAUGCUGGUCUGGAAAAGCAGUUGGAAGUAACUACUCUGGGUUAUGUGCUCUGGAAAUUUUUGAAUAGCAAAAGAUCCCCCCCACCCCUGCACAACACCCACUUUCUGUAUUUUUUUUAAAUUUUUUUUUAAUUUUUGAACUCAAAAUCAAGUGGCAAAAGUGUCUGUUGGAGUGGACUUAUAAGUAGGUCUGGCUCGUAGGAAGAGCCAGGAAGGUCUGUGGAUGGUUUCUUGUCCUGGUGUUAACACUCACCAAAGAAACUGACAAUCAGACUAUUUGGAAGGAAGAGUUUUAUUCCUACAGUUUGUUGGCCUUUCUGUAAGUUCUGGCAAGGCUCUGUGUCGUCUGCAGGAGGCGCCCACUGCUGGCCAGGGAGGGCGCACUGAGGGCGCUGAGAUGCCCAGGAUGGCUCGCCCCACCCACAGUUUUCUUUCUAGCAGUGAGCUCUGCCAAAGCAUCACGCCUCCGGUUUGCAGCAUGCAGAUUCCUUCACCUCACCUCUCACAGCAUCCAGGAGCUAAUAAGAGAAGUUUGAGUUUGUGCAGGAGGAUGGGGACUUAGAAACUUCUAAGGAUGUGUGAGUGUGGGGCACGUAGAGGAGGCAGAAAGCAAAAAAAAAAAAAAAAAAAAAAAAGCUCCUAAGUGCUUUCAACUCCUGCGGUGCAUCCCAGGGAGGGAGGUGUUGGGGGUGGGGCACCAAAAAGGGAGAUUUUAAGCACAGGAUGCAAAUUUUCUCAAUUCACCCCUUCCCUCUUUAGACCAAGGAACAGCUUUGUUUAUCAAAUCCUAACAAUGCCCAGAUUUAUUCUCUGGGACAUUGUGUGCGCACAAGAAAUUUGCAGAGCUCUGGGCUCUCAUUGCCAAGGGUCUCAGCACCUCACCACUACCUACCUAGGAUCUUGAUCUCAGAGACAUACCUAAAGGAGGGCGAUCUCUGUGGACUCUCAGAAUCUAGAGAAUUAAUUUGUUCCAGCCUAGUCAGCCCCAGAAUUCUGAGGGUAAAAUCUCGAUUUUUAGAGCAUUUCCCCUCCUAGGUGUUCUUUCCCUGCAGUUAUUUUUGCUGCCCUACCCCCACCCCAAAGAAGGAAAUUAUUUUGGUGCUUCGUUUGAAUGUACGUUUCUAGCUAUGUGAGAAGGCAUCAAGACGUUUGCGUUAUAUCUGAACUUCGAGUUUUCUGUUGAAUAAUGGUUUCCUUUUCAAGCAAUUACACGGAGAUUUUUCACUUCCCCCAUCCCCUUCAGCUGUGUCUUUCCAAUGUCUGCACAUGCUGUUUUGAAAAUCUGAGCUGCAUCUUUUUUAUUGCCAAAGUUCCCGGUGAGAUUUCCCCUUUAUGAUUAUAAACCGGGAGAAAGGACUGCCCUGUCACAUGAAGCCAUUGUUUCAUUUGCUAAACUAAACAAAGUGUCUAUUUGGUUUCUUUUGCUCUAAAGCGGCUUAUAGCCCAUUGCAACAGAGCCAUUUCAGAAUGUAAGCCUGUGGGGUAUCCACAUCUGAAAGGCUAAUGAAGGCUCUGUGGAGAAAAUGUACAGGGCUUCUCCAAUACAAAUAGUACUUGUUUGUAAAUAUAGCUGUGUUGAUUGAUUGAUUACCAAAUUUUUUCUAUAUCUUUUACUGUUUUUUUUUUAGAACAGAUCAUUUAUUUGAAAUAAAUCAAUCCCUAAGUUUCAGAUGUCACAUUGGAAACCAAGACUUCUAACUUUUUUUUAUAUAUCUUUUUUUCCAUUAGGAUUGUUUGAGUAUGAUGGGGGAGGGACACCGCUCCUGCUAUUUUGAGGAAAGACUUUAAACAAGACUGGGAAGGGGGCACCCAACUGGACUAUAAUUGCUAAGUAAUAGAGCAGUCAGAGAAAUAAGUGCAACAUGCACUAAAUAACCCCUGAUGCUUGUUUUAUUUUAAAAUACUUGUACUACAGUAAAAUACUAAUGCAUCAAAAUUGGCCUUCACUUUUCCUUGUGAUAAUAAAGGACUUCAAUAAUGGCGAUGCUGUAAUAAACCAAGACCAGUAAUCUA